AUGAAUCCCAAUGUCGAUCCCUUCUUUUUGCAACAGCAGGAUCUACCGUGGGAGCUUGAUUCCUCGCAACAACAAUACUCACAACCUACAAUGACUCCAAGCUCAUAUCCACAACAACCUAUGCCUUUAAUGCAACAACUUCACCACCAUCAACCCCAUUCUCCAGCUGCGGCAUUCUCUAUGGCUUCGCCUGCCUCAUCAUCAAUGUCGAUUCACGAGGGUCUUCCACAGCAUAUUGUCCCCAUUCCUUUCCAGCAGCAACAGCAGCAGCAACAGCAACAGCAACCACAUCCAGGCUUGUUGACUGUAAACCCACCUGGCACUCUUCCACAACAAGCAUCAACAAUGAUGGCAGGAGCACCGGGUACGAUGGAUAUCAAUGGUCAACCUGUCAAGAUACGUAAAAAGCCUGGUCGCAAGCCUAAUCCAGCAUCACCAGCCGUGCGUAAGGCUCAAAAUCGCGCUGCUCAGCGAGCUUUUCGUGAACGUAAGGAGCGACAUUUACGCGAUUUGGAAAACACGAUUCGAUCAUUACGAGAACAAAGGAAUCAUGCAACCAAAGAGCUCAAUUCAAUGAAGACCAAGUUGGAUGGUUACAAGGCUGAGAAUUGGUAUCUCAAAGGCGUCGUCUUGACACUCCAAUUUGUGUGCUUGCACCACAGCAUCCAAAUCCCGACCCAUUCACCUUAUUUGACUGAAGAAGCUCUCAAUGAUAUGGCCAAGACAUCACCCCAUGCGAUCGAAGCCUACGUCAAUGCAUAUACGCGUAACAACAUUGAUCUCAAACCGAUGAUGGCAUCACAAUUCGCCAACAUGGCAAAGACUGAAGAAGAGAAUGAAGGCUCCACGACCAACAACAAUAAUCCUGAUCCAUCGUCAACUCAACCAUUAUCACCACAACCACCACCAUCCGAAGCAGGCAGUAGUAUCGCUCCAGAUAGCAGUAUGACGGGUACAUUUUCAAUGUUACAUGAUGAUGGGGCUUCAACAUCGCAUGCAUCGACCACACAUGAUAUACAAUUUGAUAUGGAUACGAUAAGCGAACCCGCUGCCGAGACGACCAUCAAGACUGAACCUUCUGAUCCAACAACAGCGCCAUCAAGUUUAAGUGCCAUUCAACAAAUUCGAUUACAAUUGCGUGUACAAUCCACCUUAUCACGUCUUGGCAAGUCCAGUGUACGACUACAACCCACCUUGUUACAACUUGCUAUCCCCCACGAUCCACGCAUUGAUUUGAUACCCACACCCCAUAUGCGCGACAGAAUGAUCAUCUUUCGUGAUUUAAUGGAUUAUGACCGAUGCUUCUCUAUGCUACUCAAUGGUGCCGUUUACCAUGGUGGUGAUCCAACCAUGUCAGAGAGUUGGGAGUUACCGGGCGACUUUUUUGCAGAGUUCUGGUACUUGGCCACCAAUUAUGAUUACAACAAGACCAACAAGUGGAGACGACUUAAAGGGUUACCUGAAGUGGAUCUUGAGCCAAAGGAUAUGUUGCAGGGUACAAAGGAUUCUCCAAUCGAGCAAUAUCUUUGGACAGACGACCUUUCAGAGCCAAUGCCAUCAUUACAACCUAUGGGUGCUGGACCACAAGAUAGUAGACAACGAUCUACUUCGCCACCACAACAACAGCAACACUCGCUUUCAUCUCCAUCACAUCCAUUGUAUGAGUCGUUACGCUCUCCACCAGAAUUACGAAAUCCUAUCCACUCGGCUAGUCUUGAUGCCAUGAUGGAUUUGAUGAGUAACCUGUCUACAAGUCAUUGA